AUGGCUUUCCGGUUUAACGAAGUUAGUUUUUGUUUGAAGUAUAACCGGCCAGAACCAACUACAAAAAGAUUAUCAGUAUUGUAACCAAUUUACAUUUUAAUUUUAAUCACUUUUUUUAGUAUAAAGAUGAAUUAAACAACGUCAGCCUUACUGACAAAGAUGCUAUAAAGGUAAGUUGAUUUUAAUCAUUUUAUUCUUAAACUUUAUAUAUAACAAGUGUGUUGCGUCAAAAUUGUUUGCAUGUUUAUUUGUUAAACCUUCUGGCUUAUUCUAACAGAAAAUUGUGAACAUUACUACAAAUUUCAUUAAAACGGAAGAGUCUAAGCCCAAGGGCAAGGAGGGUACCACGACCAAUCCUGUUGUUUUUAUCGCACCAAUACUUGAAAAGAAGUUGAUAAAAUAUUGCGAGGCCAAUCUACAAACACGUCAUAAUGGAACGUAUAAGAAAAAAAAUGAGAAGCUUGGUAAGCUAUUAUACAUGUUCUCUUAUCGGUCCAGUUCUACUAUAGUAUACGUAUUUUCAUAGUCUGUCAAGAUACGAUGGUCUGGAAGCCUGGCAAACUUCAAAGCCACAAAAUAGAAGACCUUUGUUUGAUGUUGAACUGUACCUCACCAUGCACAAAUCCUUUGUCUCAACUUCAUUAAAUAUUGUUCAUCGUGGCUGCACGUUUCAUCUCAGCUAUCCUUAUUUGGACGAUUACGUCAUUAUACAAAAAUACAAUGAGCUCAAUCACCGUGACCGUGCACAAAUUAACAUAAACUCCGACGAAAACAUCAAACAAUAACUUCUGUUUGUUUCCAGACCAUCAUAUCUUAUUAUAUAAUAACGUUAAGAAUUCGAGCACUUUCAUUGUUCGAGAGCCAUGAUGUACCUGUAUUAGAGGACAGACGCACGGAAUUACGUCACACAAAACUUUGUUCUGUGCAGCCAAUCACAACGCAGCACGCGAUUUAAGGUAGCCAAUAGCGUUCCCUUAUUUGUAUAGAUCAUAUACGCGCGAUAUUUGUAAAAUAUUUACCUGUUUAAUUCGGGGGGUUUCUUUCUAUUAUAGAAAACAAUAGAUACUCGCCUCGGCGGCUCUUGGAUACUGUGUAUAUCUAUAACUGAACCAACAUGACCUCCUCCUUCGAAUUUACCAUAUGAGUAAAUUCUUAAACACGUCCGAAUUUAUCAUUAUGAUAAAUUCGCGGCGCAUAUUGAAUUUAUCGUAAUGAUAAAUUCCCGGCAUCUAACACCUAAAGCCCCGUUUACACUACGCUUAAUUUUUGGUACCGUACCAGUUUUUUGGUUCUUGGACUACCUAACACUUUAAUCCCAACCCUAACCCCUAAUCCUAACCCUAAUCUAACUUUUUUAACUUUUUUGAAAAUCUAACUUUUUAAACUUUUUUUUCUUUUUAAAACUUUUUUUUAAAUCUCUCCACCCCCGCGCGACCAGGCUCCCUUUUAAGCCCCGUUUACACUACGCUCAAUUUUUGGUACGGCACGGAUACAAUUGGUACCCGUACCACUUUUUUUGUUCUUGGACUACCUAUUUAGAUAGUCCAAGAACCAAAAAAGUGGUACGGUACCAAAAAUUGAGCGUAGUGUAAACGCGGGGCUUUAGUGCCAUUACAUUUAUACCAAAAGGUCUUGUCUAACGCUUGUGGUUUUAUGAUCAACUCUAUUGAUAAAUUCAAAAUGUGCCGCGAAUUUAUCAUAAUGAUAAAUUCGGACGUGUUUAAGAAUUUACUCAUAUAGUAAAUUCAAAGGAGGAGCUCAUGUUGAACUGAACAGACAACGUUAAAUAGACUAUGGUAUUUUGAGGUGAACUGUUUGCUGUUCGAAUUAGUUAGGGCAAUUAAAAUUGAUGCAUGAAUUAGCUACAACCUGUCGAAAACCUGUAUAGCUGCAAAUACAUGUCCUUCAAAUACGAUUUUUUAAGAUUGGCGUUAAGGGGUUGUCUUAAGAUCUUUGGUAUUUGUAAUGUUUCUACUAAUGUUUUCUUUCACUUCAUUCUAAUAUUGUUACAUACAAUAUUUUCUAGAAAUUUUUAUGACGAUAUUGAAUAACAGCCUUCAAAAAGAUAUAACCUUCCCUGUUCCUGAAGAUGAGAAGAACGAAAGCGAGAAGCAAGAUACAGACUUUAUAAACAUCCCAUUGACUUUUACUUUCUCAAACAAUACCAUUUCCUUAAACAAUACCAUUUCCUCAAACAAUACCAUUUCCUCAAACAAUACCAUUUCCUCAAACAAUACCAUUUCCUCAAACAAUACCAUUUCCUCAAACAAUACCAUUUCCUCAAACAAUACCAUUUCCUCAAACAAUACCAUUUCUUCAAACAAUACCAUUUUCGUCGGUAUUCUCUACAAUUUCAGCUCUGGAAGGUAAGUGUAUCAUAUUUAUAAUCUGUCCUCUGUAGACAUCAAAUGCACUCCAGAGUUACUGCAGGGGAAACCUAAACUAAACUUACUUUUUAUUUUUGCCAAUUUUGGAUAUCUUUAUCAGCUCUAAACAUUCUAAACUGUUCUCCAUGGAUGUCCAGUAAGGAUUAUCCUGUAUUCUUUUAAACAAAUAAAAUGCUCGGUGAAAACAUGUUAGACGACUGCCCAACAUUUUGAAAGACAUGCAUUCUGAUGCGUUUUUUUGUUACUAGCUGCCAACUGGCAUUUUCUUAUAGCUUACGCAUUGGUGAACAAAACUAUAUAUGUUGGCACAUCUGAUUUUGGCAUUAUAGCCAAAAAUUUGAGAAUUUUAAAAUUUUUCCUAAUAAAGUACUGUGUUGAAUAAAUAUGCGAAAUUUCAAGUUUACUUUUCACAAAAAUAAACUAUACCAUUGGAACGAUCGCACAAAAGUGUAUAUAAGAUUUUUUAAGCGUGUAUUGCGAGUUUUCAAGCCGGUUUUGAUUUAAAGGAGCUAUAUUAAAAUUGGCAAAAUAGUAUAUCUUUGAGCGUUAAAAGCUAUAUACCAGAAAAAUAUAUACUUUUUUGCGAACUUUCUAAUGGUAUAGCUUAUUUCUGUUAAAAGUGAACUUGAAAUUUAAUUAGCAUUUUUCAUGUCAUCAUAGUACUUUUUAUCGGCAAAAUUUUAAAAUUCUCGAUUUUUCAUCUAUAAAGCCAAAAUCAGAGUUGGAACAGUAUCUAUAGUCUCGUUCGUUAAUGCCUAUACUCUAUGAAAAUGUGAGUUGGCAGCUUGUAACAGAAAAUGCCAUCAAACAAAUUUUGUUGCACAUUUUCAGGUUUUGGCCUGCCGUCUACGUGUUGUCUGGCAAAAUCGAAUUUGAGAACUUUUCGCACAAGACAAUAAUCUGAUAACUGAAUAUUCAAGUGGGUGUAAGUGAAUUUCGCGAGUUAUGAAGGCAAAGUUUGCCGAGUCACUACAACCACUACUUAAUAUUUCUUCUCCUAAAAUUGUUGGGAGUGUGUAGCCCAAAUCAAAAAAUUUUUCCGAACAACAUAUUUGUCAAUCUUAUUUUGUAUUUAACCAACGUUGAUCGUUGGUUAAACGUUGAUCAUUUAACCAACGUCGAUCUAAAAUGUGGAGAAAUUUACGAAAAUUAGGGAAAAAUUUCUCCACAUUUUAGCUAACUAUUAAUCUUAAUUUUUAAUCGGUGUCACUCAACUAUUUUAUUUUUUUUCCUUCCUAUCCAAAUCCAUGAUUUGCCGACUGGGAUUAAAUAUUUUGCUGACUACCUGAUGACUGGGGGAUGUUCCACCUCCUCCCGCACCCCCCUUUAGCGCUGGCCCUGACUGAAGUCCAAUAGCUCCAUCUUUGUUAUUUUGGACUUGAGUUCUCACUGAUACGAACUAACCAUAUCUAAUAUGUUUUAUUACAGCGAAUCGGAAGAAGCCACUCAACAAAAAUUGAUAGCGUUAAUUUCAGCAGAAAUUUCUCCGAAACCAACUGAAUAUUCGGGCAACAUCACCUUUUCACUGGGACAUGGAAAUUACUCGCGUGAUAAAAUUUAUUGCGCUUUUGUUGAUGAAUUAGCGGCAGAUGUUGUUUCUCACAUGCCGUUCUCCAGACAAGGCUGCAGUAAGGUGACAUCUAGAUCUAGUGGAACUCGCACUAAAUGUACAUGCAAUCACAUGACCAGUUUUGCUGUCAUGACAGAAAUAGGUGGGAAAAAGAUUUCGGUAAGAACCUUUUGUUGAUUACGAUCACGUGAUAUUUGCAUAAGAAUCACACCAUAGUCCCAUCCAUGAUGGUAGCAUAUUCAUUGUCGUCACAUGACAACCACAUCAUAGUAACAUAUAAUCACGUGGCAGUCGCAUUAUAAUUGAUGACAAUCACAUGAUAGUCACAUGACAAUCACGUGGCUGUCGCAUGAUAAUUGAAUGACAAUCACAUGAUAGUCACAUGGCGAUUAUGGGAUAUCCACGCGAGUAUUUUAUAUGAGAAAAUUACAAAUCACAAGGCAACAUGUGUCGACAUUUCUGCUUAACAUGCGUUGAAAUCAGAUUUUGUUGCAAGUUGCAGCAAUUUUGUUUUGCUCGUAUUACUCCAGCUUUACAAAUGCUAUAUCAUAAUUUUUUUAUAAUAUAGCACAAAGAAAUAUAAAGAGAGAAAUUUUCCGUUUUGACAUCGAGUUAUAUCAACAUGGCUCUUAGCCAAUCAGCAUUCAGAGUUUACAAAUGCUAUAUUAUAUGGCUAAGAGCCGUAUUCAUGUAACUCAAUAUCAACAUGGAAAUUUCUUUCUUUGUAUUGUUUUGUGGUGUAUUAUAAAAAAUAUAUAAAACAUUUUUUCCGUAUUGAUAUACAGUUAUAUCAACAGUCAACACUCGUGGAAAUUGGGACUGAAAAGUCAACACAAUUUCUCGUUUUCCUAAUUUCCACUCGUGACGAUAUAACUGUAUAUCAACACGGAAAUUGUUUUAUAUUUGUUCAAUAUAACUAUGCAAAUAAGUAGAAAUUGCAACCAGUAGUCGUCCUAUUUGGAAGAAUAUUCCUAUUUAGAUUCAAUCAACAUGCAAUAACAAUUUCAGGUAUCAGCCAGCCAUCGCAAAGCCCUGAGUAUAAUUACCUAUAUUGGUCUUACAUUAUCAUUGAUUGGAGAAACUUUGACUGUUGCCAGUUAUGUGCUUCUCAUUGGCCUGAACACAGAACAAGCUCACUUGCACACUAAUUUGGCAUUCUCGUUGGGGUUGGCACAGAUCUUCUUCUUGGCUGGAAUAAGCGCCGCAUCUAGCGAGGUACGAAACAGGGCUCACCUCACCCCCCUCCCUUCAGGGAACGAGCUUCGAUUUUACGAUUGGGAGGGGGCGGUGUUGGUAUUAAAGUAAGUUCGCUACCCCGAGUAUUUUGAAAAUUAUAAGCCAGGAAAGUACAUUUCUAGCUAUUUCCCACAGUAAUUUUGUUUAAAGUAACCAUGUGUAUAUAUUGCCUAAUGAUACGCGGAUAUAUUUCUGUUGAAUACUUGUCUAACUGAAAAUGCAUCUAACUUUUACAACUCGAUGAUUAUUAUAACAGUUUUGUUUGUGGAAACACCACGUAAAUUUAUUACUGCAAAGCUUUCGAUCCUCUAAUCAAUAGCUGAUGAUCUUUCUAAUCUUUUAAAUGUACGUGGUGUUUCCACAAACAAAACUAUUAUAUGUUUUAUCGCCAUGCAAACAUACAAAGAACUUCGAUGAUUAUUGUAUUGUAAAAGAGAAAUUACACAGAUAUUGACCGUCGAGCGUUACUCUGCUUUGAAAAUCACGCAGGCACGCUUAAAACUGUGACACUGUGGAAGCCCAAAGCACAUAUUCAAAACUAGUAAGUUUCACUUUUCAAAAACUGAUAAUUUUGAUUAAAGGACAUUGGCAACGAAAAUUUUUAUUGGCUAUUUCAAUCCUACUUGACAACCGAACUAUGAAACUGAUUAUCAUUUCCUUCUUGAACAUUUUAGUCUAUGAGUAAAAUGCAUACAAACUUUGUGUUUCGGCCAGUUUCGCCGCCAUCUUGGAAAAUAUUUUUGAAAAAUUAUCUCGAAGGUCAAUGAACUUUGAGACGUCAUUGGCUGGGUAGCACCAAAACUACAAGAGAGAAUUCUAUUGCGUGCGUGUUAUGUUAGCUAAAAAUAUGUCGUUUUGAGCGUUAUACUGGCCAACACUCUUCGCAAUCAAACAAGAGAAGUCUACACUAUCAGAUAAAAACAUAUCGAGCGACUGGGAAAGCAAGAAAUGGCGCAAUUUAUAAUGCAUGCAGGUAAUUGAUAAAAAAAUAUUGCAUUAGUAUUUGCCUUGUUACACUCGAAUUUCUGCGCUUAUUUAACAUGGAGUAGGAUAUAUACUAUGAGAAAUAGUGUUACAAACAAGUUACAUACUUGGUAUAACUUUUCUGCCUUUUGUUUUGGCUCAAAAUGCACUACGCGUAGUAAUACACGGUAUUGUUUAUAGUCAUGAGAUUGUGUUUACCCAGCCAAUGACGUCAGAUAAUGUGUUUUGUGGCAUAAAUUAGCAUACGCGCUUAUUUUCAAAAUGGCGGACAACUGUUCAAAUUUUCUCAAAUUCAAUCAAAUUUUCUCGGCAACUAAACGCGACAAACCGGCCAAAAUAUGAAGUUAAAUAUUCCGUAAGUAUACCUAAUAGAUAUAAGUAAUAAAAAUUUUGGUUGCCAAUGUCCUUUAAGCCAAUGGCAGUGUCACGUUAAAAAUGAGAAAUAUAUAUCAACCUUGCCAUGCAAUGAUAGUAUGUUGAUGAGUUAACAUUUUCCAAUCAGAUUGCUUGCCUCCUGGUCACAGCUAUGCUCCAUUAUUUUUACCUUGUGACAUUCUGUUGGAUGUUGGUGGAAGGUUUUCAUCUCUAUCUGAUGGUCGUCAAAGUCUUUAAUGAGAACAGUUACCUCAAGUUUUACUACUUAUUUUCUUGGGGUAAGUACAAGUGGACGAUUUUGUGGAAAAUAUUUCCCUCUCUAAAGUAUAGCUCAUUCUUGCUUUUAUUGUUGUUGCUGCUGUUGUUUCUUCUUGUUGUUUGUUGUUGUUGUUUGUUGUUGUUGUUGUUGUUGUUGUUGUUGUUGCAGUUGCCGUUGCUGCUGUUGUUGCUGUUGUAACUCAUAGAUAUCUUAUAUACACUAGAUAGCGCAUCUAUUUUAGUAAAAUUGAAGCCAAGAAUAUUCCAGCGGUUACCCCCAUUUGAAUAGAUGGCGGCCAUGUUGGUCGUUCCCACUUGCUAAUAAACGCUUAAAAACAACAAUAACUUUCAUCAUUUGAAUAGUUUAAAAACGUAUUUGUAAUAGGGUUAACUUAAUGUUUAAGUUUCCUGUUUGAGAGAUAGAAAACAUACGAAUCUUUUCAUUUCAUUUCAUGGGAACGACCUGAGACUGCAAUCACGGCUUCAAUUUUUGAAUUGCAGAAUAAUUAGAUGCACUAUCUAGUGUAUAUAAAAUAUCUAUGUUGUAACUGCUGCUGUUGUGGCUGUUAUAACUGCUGCUGUUGUUGGUGCUGCUGCUGUUGCUGCUGCUGUUGUUGCUGCUGUUGCUGCUGUUGUUGCUACUGUUGUAACUGCUGCUGUUAUUGUUGUUGUCAUUGAUGAUGUUGUUGUUGUUGUUGUUGUUGUUGUUGUUGUUGUUGUUGUUGUUGUUGUUGUCGUUGCUGCUGGUGUUGUUAUUGUUGUUGUUACAUUGCUGUUGUUAAUAUUCUUUUAUGUUUGCAUUUAGUAACACCGAUGGUCAUAGUCAGCUUGUCUCUUAUUGCUGCAGCCGCUUCACCGACUGGUAUCCAUGGUUACGUAUCUAACGAAGACAUGUAAGUAGUACAAAAAUUUGAUAUGUUUGUGAAUAUUCGACGUCAGUCUCGGUACUCUAACGAAGCAUUCAUUACGCUGAAAAUGUGCAAAAUUACAGUGCGUCUACAGUAAGUGGGGCCGCUUAUAGAACACUAGCCAAUCACAUUGCAGAACAAAAAUAGAAAUCUAAUCAAACUAAAGCUCGUCCAAUCAAAAGAAAGCAUGAAGUUUGCUUCAGGAAGCCAGUAACUGCAGUGUUUACUUUUCAAGUCUAUUUUUACCGUUUGACAUUCGUUUAUUUGUUAAAAUUGUUUUUGGCCUAAUGUUGAUUGGCUGAUGCGCCGUUUGUUGAUUUUUUAUAUUUUUGUUCUGUAGUGUGAUUGGUUAGUAUUCUCUAUAAGUUGCCCAACUUACUGUAGACGCACUGUAACAUAGUUAGUAGAAUUCGUGUGGUUUGGUAACCUGACUCAGAUAGAAGAACAGUACUAUAGUUGACACAGUUGAUUCGUUCAGAUAUUUCAGAUUAAGUUAUAUUAACAUUCGUAUCGUUAUUUUAGCUGUUGGAUAUCUCAUGAAAACAAUUACAUUUGGUUUUUCCUGGGUCCUGUUUUACUGAUAUGUCUGGUGAGUAGAAAAAUAUUGCCUCAGUAUAAUUUCAACCGCAAGAUAUUCAUUUUCAAAGGUAAUUUUGCAUUGAAAAAACUGCCCCGUAAAAACUAUAAGAUUCUGUUGACAAACAUGAAAGCUUACCUGAUCAUAUGGAAUAUUUUUACAAUGUGCAAUAGACCUUUCCCCUUAUAACCAAAAUUUUGAUCUAGGCAAGUCUAGACAAAAAUUUCAUCACAGCUUGAAAGAGCAUCACAAAAUUAGUAAUAUUCCAAAGUUUCGUUGCGAAAUGUUGUAAAAUGAGGAUAAUAUAGCCUUGCGAAGUUUGCCGUUUUUCAGUCAUUUUGCAUUACAAACGGGAAAUUGCAGUCCCAACACCCGAAUCGUAUGUCAAUUUCCCGUUUGUAAUACAAAAUGACUGAAAAACGGCAAACUUCGCAAGGCUAUAUUAUUAUCCGCAUUUUACAAGAUUUUGCAACAAAACUUUGGAAUAUUACUAAUUUUGUGAUGCUCUUUCAAGCUGUGAUGAAAUUUUUGUCUAGAUCGAAAUUUUAGUUAUAAGGGGAAAGGUCCAUUGUUCCAUCAUUUAGUGUAUUACACACGUAUUAACGCGCAAGUUGUUACAUGCAGAUCUGCACACAAGUUGUGUUCGCACUGCUUGUUCCUAGACUAGAUGUUGUAACAAGUUUGCAAAACCUGUCAGUCCUGUUAACAAGUCUGAUAAUAUCAACAAGGUUGUUACAAGUUGUUAACAGCUUGUUCCAAACUUCCUGACAACUUGGGACAAGCAGUGCGAACGCAACUUGUUGACGGCUUGUUAGCAGACUUGCAAUACAAGACUAUGAUGUGGGAUUUUUACGCGUGUGGAGGUUUUUGUUUGGUUAUGGUAAUUUGUAAUCAUCUUAUGCAUCUUUACCUGCCAGGCAAAUCUUGUGUUGUUAAUCUUGGUGGUGCGAGAGAUGACGAGAAUGAAGAAAACAAAAGGUGGUGGACCCUCCCUACAAUUCAGGUAACUUCAUUUGCGCAUCGUAUACCUUUUUUGGCGGAGGGGGGGGGGGGGCUCUUUUGGGCCCGACAGUGUCUAGAAAAUCAUCGGAUCAUCCCUUUUCGUAUAGACCCCGUACGAACUUGCAACUAUUCUGGGAACAAAAUACGCUUGAUUAUUUUCUCAUCGAGUUUGUCUGAUGCCGUACACAAAUAUAGCACAUGAUCUAUGUCAGCGACGAUAUAUUAUCAGCGCAGCAAUGUAAGGAAAACAAGAACGGUCCGGACAUAGUCCAGUUUCGUAAUAGAAAUUGCAAGACGGUUACAUUAUCAGAGUUCCUUGAACAAAAGAUCAACCGAGCAUGGAACAUUCUUUCCGAUGAACUCAAACAACAGUCUCUGACAUUAUCCCGAUCUAAAUCACUACUUUAUGCAUAUUUUGAUGCCGUUUUAAAUAUAAUCUACGAUCCUGACACCCUCGGAAAAAAAUGGGCGGACAUUAAGUGUAUAAAGUCGUCUUAUAGACAAUCUUCGCUGAUAUUUCGCCUUGGUUGAUAAAUCAGAUCGAAUGCCAGUCUCUAUAGUAUAUGAAUCAACCAUUAUCUCGAUUUGAAGCUAUUUUGUCAACUUUAGGAAAUCAGUGAAGGCCUGUCUUCUUCUGUUUCCAAUCCUUGGUACGACAUGGGUGUUUAGUGUCCUUCUGAUGCUGAAAUAUUCCUUGGCUAUCGAGUAUAUCUUCAAUAUUCUCAACUCUCUUCAGGUAAACCUUAACGAACUUUAUUUAUGCUGGAUAGUUCUAGAGUUCUGAGAAGUUCCCCCUAGAGGUCCAGUAAAGGUCAUCUCUUAUUGAUCCAGUGUUACUACAGGAGGAAACCUAAACUAAACUAACUUUAUACUGGAUAGCUCUAUCAGUUCUAAACUGUUCUCCCUAGAGGUCCAGUAAAGGUCAUCACUUAAUGAUCCAGUGCUACUGUACAGGAGGAAACCUAAAUUAAAUGAAUUUUAUUUAUACUAGACAGCCGUCUAUCAGUUCUAAACUGUUCUCCCUAGAGGUCUAGCAACGGUCAUCUCUUAUUGAUCCAGUGUUACUACAGGAGGAAACCUAUACUAAAUAGUAUAAGUUCUGAACCGUAAGGCUAAUCUCUUAAGGCCAUAGAUAUCUUAAGGCUUGUACAAACGGACCCAUGAGUGUUGCUGGGCCAUUAUACACCAUCCACAAAUUUUAAAAUACUGUUUCACACUGUUUCACAAAUAGUCUAAAGCACAUAUUGUCAAUUUGGAUAAAUCUAUAUUAUUUUAAGACUUUUGAGUAUUGAGAAAAAUAAUCAGUUAAACCAAAUUUCUAUAACCCAAGAUUUUAUCAUUGCAGGGUUUCAUGGUUUUUCUCUUUUAUGUUAUGCGAAGCAGCGAGGUAUGUUUUUUUCUUUAAAAUAUUCCAACGAUGCUUUUCACUUAUAAUCUUUAUUGACAACCAACUAAAAAUCAUUAUAUGACCCUGAAUUAGAGUUGGAACAUUAUCUAUCGCAAGAACAAUGUUUCAGUUGAUGUAUUGCAAGAAUAAGCCAUGCAUGCAUUCGCUCAAAGGGAUAUUGGCAUUGAGCAUAAAGUAAUAUUUCAAAUCCGAUUAUGAGGACUGGACUAGAUUUCAAUUCGCGCAAUUUGACCAAGUGCGAGGACUUGAAAUCUAGUCCAGUCCGAAUAGACCUUUCCCCUUAUGAGUGAAAUUUUGAUCUAGACAAGUCUGGACAAAAAUUUCAUCACAGCUUGAAAGAGCAUCACAAAAUUAGUAAUAUUCCGAAGUUUCGUUGCGAAAUGUUGUAAAAUGCGGAUAAUAUAGCCUUGCGAAGUUUGCCUUUUUCAGUCAUUUUGCAUUACAAACGGGAGAUUGAUAAUCAGUUUGAUCAUCUGAUUAUCAAUUUCCCGUUUGUAAUACAAAAUGACUGAAAAACGGUAAACUUCGCAAGGCUAUAUUAUCCGCAUUUUACUACAUUUCGCAACGAAACUUCGGAAUAUUACUAAUUUUGUGAUGCUCUUUCAAGCUGUGAUGAAAUUUUUGUCCAGACUUGUCUAGAUCAAAAUUUCGCUCAAAACGGGAAAGGUCUAUUGGAAGAUUUGAAAUGACAUUCUCAUACGAAUAAAUAACUAUACGUAGCCUAUAGAGUGAGGUGAAUAAAUAUUGAUCCAGUCCAAGGACUGAAUUCAUUUUGAUCCUAGGACUGGAUCAAUAUGCUUCAUUGGGUAUCCAGUAUUAUCAUGUGAGCAAAAUAAAGCAAUAUGGUUGGCUAAUUUACUCAUGAUCAUGAAUUAUCGGCAGAUGAUUUCACUUCGUUCUGAAAUUGGCAAGUUUGUUGCGAAGUUCAAAAGUUUAUAUGGAAAUUCGCAAUCCGGCUUGUAAGAAAAGCCUGAAUAGACCUUGUGCAUAAUGUCGUCACAAAGCUUGAUGCCCACGAGGAAUGCUGGUCUUAGUAGUGAUCGCCCGGGAAAAUUUCGAUAGUGACCAUUUUGAAUUGUUUAAUUUUCCCGGGCGAUGACGACUAAGACCAGCAUUCCUCGCGAGCAUCAAGCCUUGUGACGUCAUUAUGCAUAAGGUUUAUUAACACCGUGGUCAAACCGUAUCGACUGCUUGUGCUCGACUUGAAAUAGUAUUGUCUUCAUGAAGCUCUAGCAAAAAGUUUAAAGAAAAUUACGAGGGUUUAAACUCAGUAUAAUUUUGUCUUGACAUAAAAGGCCGUGAAAUUUCCUGCCUUAUAGCUUCAGCCGUUUCUUCAUAGUAAACGGUUUUCUUUUACGGUGUUUACUCCUGUUAUUUUGGCAGACAUUUUUCCCGCCAUUUCCGUACACUCGCGCAUGCGCGUUACGUUUGACCGCAGUGUUCCUGAAAUUGACAAUGAACAUGGGUCAGAGUUUGUGCCCUGUCAAGUUGACUGGAUAGUUCAAAUGGCAAAGCGUCUGACCGAAUUCGAAAUGCUGAAUAUGAGAAUUCAAAUCGUUUGUAAUUUUCAUGCAAAAUAGAUCCGCGGAGUCCUGCAACAACGCAAGGCUCGCUGGGCAAACUCAUUGGACUUCACGAAUCACGUAUCGACCUAUCAGAAAACGACAAGCACCUCAAACAGAUCACAGCCUGCAUCCGCGAGUUCCAUCAAACCAAUCCUGGGAAGCUGGUUCUCACCGAACACCCGUACUACACCCAGCCCGCGAGGUACACCCAGCCCGCGAGGUACACCCAGCCCGCGAGGUACACCCAGCCCGCGAGGCACCCCCAGCCCGCGAGAUACACCCACCCCGCAGACACCUCCCAGCCCGCGAGGUACAACCACCAAGCGAGUAACUCCAAGCCCGGGUGUUUCCCCUCGCUCCUACAACACCCCAAGCCCGUAUACCACUUCAGAUCCGGCCGAUUUGUUCAGUGAACAUCCACGAUCGCGCAACAAUAAAAUUGAUCCUCAAAUGGAUGAGGUACACUAUGCUGAAACAUCAGCUUGAGGGCUCUGGUUAAUUUCAAGUUUUCCUAAAUUUAUAUUACGAAUGUUAGAACGUCUAGGGACAUCUGGAAUGAAACUUAAAUUGAUCCAGUUUAAACGUAGAGUGCUUAUGUGCUUAUGGCUGCAAUCAAAUUUCACACCAUUUUUUUACGACUGCAUUCAGUAAAAGAAAAUUCAAAGUGACCAAAUAAGUUACAUUGUUAUACAGAAUAGUUGGUAAAAGCAAUUUGAUUGGCUAAGAGCUUACAGUUAAUUCACGCGACCUACAGAAAAUUCAGUUAUCCCGCUAGCAGUUAUCCCGCUGAGUUAUCUGCAAAUGAGCCUGCGAUGAUUAGCAAGCGGUAUCUAUUUAACACAAACAAAUGUAUAGUAAAACAAUUAUUGGAUGAGGUUUUUGCGAUAUGCAAAAUUAUCAAGGUUUCGG